AUGAAACGUCUUUUUCGAACAUCUAAACCUACUAUCGAACCACUUCCACCACCCUCUUCAGCACCUUCUUCCCCUCAACCCCGACGACUUCCAUUAGAAGAAAAACGUCAUCAUUUUCAUCAUUCUUCCAAUACCAUUACUCCUUUUCCACUUGAUGCUGGAGUUAAUCCUGUACCUUCACCUACACCUCCUCCUCCACCUGGACAGGUAAAGCCUCCAGACAUACCUCCCAACGUCAAUGUCAGUCCAGAAGGUAGAAAAGGUAAACAAGCUGGUUUGGUGGAGACUCCCCAAUCAAGCUCUAAAUAUGAUAACAGUCCCAAAAACGGAUUACCGAGAGAUAUGAAGUACGAAGGAAAGAGAGGUGAUUCAAGGGAUAUAGACAAUCAAAGAGCUAAGGAAGGAAGAAGAGUAGAGAAACAAAGAGGUAUGAGUGUGGAUAGAACGGGUGUACCAAGUCCAGAUGGUUGGACAAUGAUUUCACCAUUAUCAAAACCACUCGCAGCACCUGAUUUUCCACCAAAUACGAAAUUCCCUUCUAUUUCAGAUUAUCAAGAUACUCAUUUCAUACAACCUCAACAUCAUACAAAUUCAGUUUCACCCGGUUCUUUGUAUUUACCACCAGGAGCAAGACCACCUUCUCCUCCUCCUCAUAUAACUCGAAACGGUUUAUCUUCAAUAUCAUCACCACAACCAAUCCAAAAUGUCCCUAUCAUGCCAUUACCAAUGACAGGUGGUGGGGAUAUAGAAAGAGAAAGUCAAAGACGAGAUAGAGGUUAUUCAAGCGCAUCAUCAGGAAGAUCAGAUGAAGUAAAUAGAAUCAAACCUCAAAAAACAUCACGUAGUCCUUUUGUUGUGGCAGGAGAGAAAUCUAGGAAUCCUUUUAAUUCGAAUAUAUCAGAAAUUGAGGAGAAGAAAAUAAAUAGAAAUCCUUUUGAUGAUAAGUUGGAUGAAUUUCGGAAAACGGAAAUUGGUAUGGGACAAUUAGAAAUGCCAAUUCCCACUAUAAUAGGACAACAGGCUUUUCCUAAUCCUCAUCCAUUUGGAUCUCCCGUGAAAGGUUUACAGAGUCCUUAUUCUCCAGCGUCGGACGAUACGAUUCCAGCCAGACCGUUCGAGGAUCAGAGGGAUAUGAAAUCACCAAAGUUUCCCGAACCGAGAGAGAUACGAAGUCCCAGGAACAUGGAACAAAUGCAGAUAUAUCCGAGGGAUUUGAGGGAAACGCAGAAUAGAGAUGUCAGAGAUACUAGGGAAUUGAAAGAACCUAGAGAAUUGAGAGAGCCCAGGGAAUUGAGAGAACCCAGGGAUAUCAGAGAGCCCAGGGAUAUCAGAGAAACAAGGGAUAUGAGAGAUCCUAGGGAUAUUAGAGAACCCAGAGAUAUGAGAGAACCAAGGGAGAUCAAAGAGAAGGAAGUUAGAGAUGUGAAAGAACCAAAAGAGAAGGAAAAGAAAAAGUUUUGGGGAAUGGGAUGGGAAAAGAAAGAAAAGAAAGAUAAAGUAGACAAAAACAAGGAGAAAGAAUUUGAAGAAUUCGAACCUCGCGCAAGUACCGAUGGAACUGUUGAAGGCAGUGCUUUAGGACAUCCAAGUUCGACAGGUCAUGGUCAUGAAGAAAGAGGUAGGUUAUUAGGAUUAGACUUGGGAAAAUUUAGGGAUAUCGGACAAUCGGAUAGUGUCACUGUCGCUAUUCAAAUACUCUGUUCCAACCCCGACCCCUCCCUCGCUAACAUAUACGACAUCAUCGAACGUAUCAAUCAUUCUCAAUCAGCUGAUUCAGUCGCUAAAGAAACUUCUAGAGCAAUACGAAAACAAUUCAAACAUGGUAAUGAAUCCGAAAGAAGGGCAGCGGCGAAAAUUUGGUUGAUUAUGAUGCGUAAUGUAUCUAUCAAAGGUUUUAAAACACACGCUACAAGUAAAAAGUUUUUACAGUCUUUAGAACCAAUCAUAUUGGCUUCACCCACACAUCCUUUGGUUUCCGCUUCCACGCAUAGGAUGAUAACGGAUAUAUUGGCGAAUUUGGUUUAUCAAUAUGGUGGUGAGAAGGGUUGUGAAGGUUUAGGAGAAUUAUGGGGGAAGGUGAAAAUGCCUCAAGAACCUGAUAUUGGUGUUCCACUCCCUUCUGAUCAUCCUCUCUACACACCCGAUACUCAACAAUUAACUCGUUUCCCCGAUAUCUCUUAUACUUCCCAUCCCACCCCUCCACAUUCUCAUCCAACUUCAAGACGAGGUUCAAGUCCUCAUCUUCAACAUGUAAACGGUCGAACACAAACGAGUUACUCUGGUGUCCCCACGUAUCCCGGGUACGAACAUUUGACUAAUCAUGAAGAAGAUAUGAGAAGGUUAGUAGAUGAAUGUGCGGCUGCGAAGGAGAGUGCGAGAGUUUUAGGAGAAGCUUUGGUCUAUACUAGACCGGAGGAAUUGGAGCAUAAACCUGUGGUGAGGGAAUUCUACACCAAAUGUUUCCACGCACAUGAAUCCCUUACCAACCAAAUGGAUUGGGCUCAAGCAGAAGCUUCCCGAUCACGAGAAGGGAAUCCAGAUCAAGGUAGUACAUCUGAAGAACGUGCUUUGGCAUCUCUGUUCGAAGCUCAUGGUCUGCUGAGUGAGGCAUUGAGACAAUAUGAUGAUUUGGAAAGGAUGGCUGUGGAUGAGAAAGAGAUGAGGGAGGUUAGGGAGAGAAGUAAGAAGGAAACGAGGUUGGAUAGGAAUCAAGGUCUACUCGACUCAUCUGGUCAUCUUUACGUUCCUGACCAAACCGCAUCAUCCUCACGUACUCCAUCCCCUCGUCUCAUUCCACUUACCUUAUCCCCUUCUCAACCUUCUCUUCCUAUCCCUCCCGUUUCUCUCACUCGAUCCCCCGCAUCCCACGUCACACCAUUACAUUCCUCUCCACAAAAUUCCACUCCACUAGCAUCAUCCCCAGCACACAAUAUAAUCCCUCUACCAAAUGAUCGUUCCCGUACUCCUUCCCCUUCCUCCGAUAGAGCUCUACCACACCCACCGAAAAUCGGUACGUCUCCUAGAGCACCAUCACCAUUAGGAAAAGGUAGAUUACCAGGACCUAGACCUUUACCUCAACUUAAUCAUUCACUCAGAUCCGGGACGGCUAGUACUGGGAGUUUAGGUCUUGAUAAUGAGAUUGUAGAGGAUGAAGGGGAGAAGAAACCGAGUAGGAGAGCUUUGGGUAAAAGAAGAGCUGUUGAAGGGGAUGAAGACGCUUUCAACCCUGAUGAUCUCUUCGUAUCCCCUGAUCAAACUUCAUCGGAAAAAUCAUCAGAAGAAUCUUUGGCUGAUGAGGUUUAUCUUGUCAAACCUGUGAAAUACGCUUACGACGCUUAUCAAGAGAAAGUGGAGAAACAGAAAGCUGGGAUUGAUGGAGUCAGUACUUCCGGGUCUAACGUUAGUGCUUUAGGUAGAUGGAAGAAGGCAACUUUAUCGGGGUUGUAUCUUCUGGGGUAUGGUUUACUACCUCAGAUCCGCGGUCGCUUCAGACUUCAGGUUUGGGAUAGCUUCACAAGUGAAUCCCGAGCAUGA